CCCGCUCUCCCAUAGUGGUGACGUUAACGUACAAAUUCCAAAUUGAACGGAUUUUAAGCGUUCUUACAAUCGAUAAGUGUACCUGAAGGUGUGUUCUUGCAACAUGAGAACACAAAACACAAUUAGCCUACAAACACACUGGAAUGCAGCUAGGACAGCUUUCGAAGCCACUCGAAGCAAAUGUGACGUAAUUCGGCUGUUGCUGAUGUCUAAUCGAAAAACGCCCACAGAUCCAGAAGUCUUUCAGCAGAGCUGCUUCACUAACUUCCACGGGAACUCGGGAUGAGUCAGCGAGCUGAAGGUCCUCCGACGUCUAACGUCAUGGAAGUAUCGACUUACUCCCAAGUUGUUUUCAACGAAGUUCCUCAGUCUUAUAUUCCAAAUUCCCCAGUGAAAUGCAGCUAUAAACUGACUGCAGCCAUCGAACCACACCGUAGAGACUGGGUGGGAAUUUUUAAGGUUGGCUGGAGCACCACAAGGGAUUACUACACCUUUGUGUGGGCUGCACCAUGCUCUAACCCUGUGGGAGAGGAGCCAGUGGAACAGCAUGUGACAUUUGAUGCGUAUUACUUGCCCAAAGAGGAUGGAGAGUUCUACCAGUUCUGCUUUGUGGAUAGCAGCGGUCAGGUGAGGGGUGCCAGUAUCCCAUUUCGCUUUGAGAGCCCAGCAGAAUCCAGCCUGGAUUACAGCAUGGACAAUGACCUGCUGGUGAUCAGUACACAGGGGCAGGUAGAGAAAGAAAAAGAGGCGGUGCACAAAGAGAUGGAGAAACAGAAGGAGACCAUCAAUAUCCUGAGAGCUGAGCUCAAUGAGCGACUACUGGAGAUCAGCUGCCUCAGGGAGUCCAACGUGGAGUUGGGUCAGUCAGUGAGCCGGCUGGAGCAAGAGCAGGCCCAGAGAGAGACGGAGAGAGAGAAGGAGAGGGAGCAGUGGGCAAGCCAGCAGGAGAAUGAGAGGACUCAGCAAGAGAGGGAGAGGCAGAUCCUGGACAGCCACCAUGGGUUGAUGCAGGAGCCAAUAGCCCAGAACACUGUGGGCCUGGAGGAAUCCAUGAGGGAGAGGGAGGUGCUCCAGCAGAGUGUAUCCACCUGGCAGGAGAAGUAUCAACAAGCUAUGACCAAAAUUAACCUGCUGAAGCAAGAGCGAGCAGAGCUGAAAGAAAAAAUUGCAACACAGGAGGCUGAGGUCACACAGCUAAGUUCCCGCAUAAGAGAAAUGGAUCAGGAGAAGCAGCAGAACCUUGAGGAGCUGCAUAAACAGCAUGAUCACAUCAUACUGUUGCAGGUGGACCUCCAGAGCAGCCAGAAAGAGACGGUGAAGCUGGCAGGGGAACUGCGGGAGCUGCGUGCACAGGCAGAGGCGGCAGAAGGACUGUGCCGUGAGAAUCAGGCCCUGCAGAGGACCCUGUCCGAACAAGACGGAAAGGACAGAGAAGACCUCGAGAAACUGGAGGUGAAAGAAGAGCUACGCAAGGAGAGACAGAGCAGUGAGGAGUCACGCAGGCAGACCGCCCGAGCCCUUCAGGAGCUGAAGGAAGCAAAGGAAAAACUGGAAAAUUUGGUCAAGGAUUUCCAGGAGAAGGAUAAGCUGAGCAGCGAACGAGAGAAGCAGCUGAUGGAUUUACAAAAGAUCCUGGAUGAAGAAGUCAACAUGGCAACAAUUAUGAGAGUCGAGAAGGACAAGCUGUCCCAGGACAACCAGGAGCUGAAGAGAACUAUUGAAAAACUGUGUGAAGAGGUGGCACACCUCAAGUCCUUGUCUGCUCCUUCCCCUAUUUCCUUUCAACACUCUAACCCUUACACUUCAUCACAUGUUACCCUUGAAUCCCAGAACCCAGGGGCUGACCCACUCCUCUAUGGGAACCCCUUUGAAGCUCCAGCUACUUCAAGCACGGAGGAACUGCUGAUGAUGUGCCGGUAUUGCCAAGAGAUCUUCCCGGAUAUCAGCAGGUCGGAGCUGGAGCAGCAUGAGGAAAGCCACAGGGUGUGCCCCUUCUGCACACUCAUCUGUGACUCCAUGGAUCAGCAUGGCUUUGAGGAGCAUGUCUACAGCCAUGAGUAGGGUGAUGUCCUAGAAGCACAUCACUGCAACCCAAACAACGAGAUACAUACUCUUAAGGAAUGGAGGUUAUUCAGAGCCUUAUGUUUUAAGAGGCCCACAUUUUGUAGCUAUAAAUUGUUUUAUACCUUAAGGUUAUACAUAUUUGAUUAUUUUUAUUUUCAAAAAAGUGUGGCGAGUGAGCAGUAAAGAAGUUGACCACAUACGAAUACAAAUUAAGCAACCCCAAGACACUGGUAUAGCAAAGCCCCUCUCCUAGAACUUGAAUUCAAGCAGAUGACAUCCACAUACCUACCAAAGUGAUUUUGACAAUCAGUUAAUGGAGGUCCAGCCUAGAUCGAUACAUAGUAAAAUAUUAUGUAAUACUAUAAGAAAAGCAUAAUCCACGAUGAGGUGUGCAGUUGUAUGAUUUUAAUACAUGACACAGUGGCAAAGAACCAUCUGAGAGAAAGUGAAGGGUGUUUGCAUCCACAGAUGUUUUAAAGCUAGUUCCCGUAUGACAUCUUACGGAACAACUGGUAUCAACACUAGAAUUGUGUGAAUUUAGAAUGGUUAUCAGACUGUUUGACUGAACUGCUUGUAAAGUAAGGGCCAUAUUUACAAAGCUUUUUGCGACUAUUUUGCAGACACGUAUAUGGUACAUUUUGCCCCAGAAACAUGCAUCUUGUUUAUCAGAGGCACACGGGGCUGGAAGCACAGUAUUUGUGUGAUCUGGGAGUGUUUGCAAGGUGUGCUUCUCUCCUUAAUGCAUAUACAUUUAAGGGAGGAUUGCCCAAAUAAAAGGCACAGAUAUUAUCAGUGUGGCUGAUUAUGUAUUCUGUUGAAUUUACUUCCCAAACUUAAGUUUGCACAAUUAAUGAGGGCCUAUUGGGUGCCUGGCACUGAAAAUAUUGGCUAAAGUCACAGAACACUCACAGCAAAGUUGUAAAAAAUCGCAAAAAUCAGAAAAAGUGUUUAAAAAUAUUAAUUUAUUAAAUUAACCAAUAUAUAUCAUGUGCAGCGGUGGGAACUGAUUGCAAUAACAUGUAACAAGUGCUUUCAGUCUAAAAAAAAUUCAGUUGGCAGUUGCCGCUAGGAGGCUAAAUAAUACAAAUAAAUGCACUGAUAGGCUGGGUGCAUUAAAUCAUGUUUGUCUGUCUCGGAAAUAGUAAGCUUUUUGCCUUUAACAGAACAUUGUUAGCAACUAAGAAUACAGAGUAUACAUAAAUUUCAGUACUAAAAUAAUAAAACAUAGGGUUACUGUGUUUGUUUUUAUUUCUUUAAAGUUAGAUUUAGUACGUCGCAAGGUUUUUUGAGCGUCUGUUGUCACUGACGUUACCGUAGCUACAGGAAGAGCACACAAAAAAUAAUGGAAAGCAUUAAACAGAGAAAUUCACAGUCCUGCCGAAGACUAAAAUAAUGUAAUCUGUGACACCUGCGACUUCUGUGACAGCCAUAGAAAUAAUUACUCUUCUAGAUUAAAUAAAACAUGACCUAGAACCUACUGCACAUUCCCAUUCUAUCCUGACAAUAGUCAUGCUCCUUUCAAAAAUGAAUCUUGCAUCUGGAUCAAUUCAAUCAGCAAUUGCCGCCACAGCUGGAUUAUACGCAUUUUGUUCUGCGCUGUCCAUUUUUCUGGAUAUGCUCUUAAGUGGCACCAGAAGAUUCAUCAAUUUCCCCACAUUCAAUGAACAUAUUCAGUAUUAAAUAAACUCUUACAGAGUUUAUGAGUCCACUAUGACCAGACACUGGACACUAGACAUUUUACUAUGUAUUCAAUGCACAUGAUUAAUCAAAUAUGUAUUGCCUAAAAAUAAAACAUUUUAUAAACACAUUUUUUUGAUGUCAGCUUUGUUGUGAACCAUCUCUGUACUAGUCUAACUAAGUAGUAGUUUAAAAAUGGCUUAAUGGCAACCCAAUAGAAUUGACCCAUUUACUGAGUGUCCAUCAAAAUCACAUUGGCCACAUUGUUCUGAACAAGCCAAAACUUGAAUGGUGUUGAUAGCUUGAGAAACAUGGCUGCUAUAAUAAAAUUGAUAUUUAGCAUUGUUGGCCAUUUUUCCACCAUUGCUUUGUCUGAUUAAUUCCAGACAUGGUUUUCGACCUUGAAACAUGUUCUGAAUCGAAGGGCAUGGCCUUCUGAACAAGGCAAAACUUGCAUGGUGUCAAUACCAUGUACAAUAUAGCCACCAGUAGGGUUUUAAUAUUCAACAUUCAUUGGGGUUGUGGGGUGUUCAGGGUUGUGCUUUGAAGUAUAAAUCCAUGAUAAUUCAUGGUGUUGUUAGAUGGACAUGGUUGACUUGCAACAAGGCAAAGCUUGAAUGGUGUUUUUAUUAGGCCAUUGUUCCUUUUGAAAAAAAUAGCGCUUAAAAAUUUCCUUUCAUGAAGCAUAAAACUGGUCACAUGACAUUCUUUAAAAAAACCAUUUUUUUCUGUGUGAGUUCUGCAAAAGAUAAAUGACAUAACAGCAUAAUUGGUCUACUGACAACUCAGAGCAACAAAUGCUACCCAUUUUGCUUUCUCAAAAAUGAAAACAUUACAAGCUGUGUUAAGUUCUUAUAACUCCCAAAGGCUAUGUAAAUUGGUUUAAAUUUUGACGACCAAGGAGGGGUUAAUGCAAAUACAUCCUAUUAGAGUUUAUUACAGAGAAAAUGAAAGCUACUGGCCAGGAAAAUAAAUGCUCAGUUUUUGCAUCAGUGAAAAUGACAAAUAUAAUGCAUGUAUUGUGUAAUAUAGAGCUUGAGGUGUAAUUGCUUAUCCAACUGGAAGGUUCAUACUGUUUGAUGGACCAGUCAGUCUGUGACUCAAUUAUGGUUCUUCAUCACUGGGGUUCUUCUGUACAUGACAGCCAAGGACAAAAGAAUUUUGAGAAUUUUUUUAUUUGAUGAAGAUUAGUAACCUAUAGCACUUAUCAGCAAUUUUAGACAUUUAGCAUUAUUUUAUUAUUCUUCAUGUUCUUUGCUUUCUUGUUAUUUUGUCUGAUUUGAUAUAUAUGUUUUUUUUGGAUGAAUCCCUUAAAGUUGAAUCCAUUAAUUUGGCUGUUAAAUAAAUUAAAAUAUAUAUUCACCCUUGAAGGUCGAAGAUGAAAUAUGGAAAUUUGUGUGUCCCAAAGCAAUUUAAUGCAAUUGUUUCGUAUUAUUUUGUCUGUUUGUUCGAUUUUAUCUCUUACUAUGUGUGUAUUGUAUGUAUUUUAUGUUUGGACCCCAGGAAGAUUAGCUGCACACUGUGUAUUGCUAAUGGGGAUCCUAAAUGAAUAAAUAAAUAAAAAAACGAACAUGUAAAUUGAAA